CUCAUGCCUGCAGACGCUGCUCCCGCGGAGGCGGAGAACCCCGCCGCCGAUCCGGCGGCGGCGGCGGCGGCGGCGGCGACGGUCAAGGUCAAGGUGCUCUUCUUCGCCCGCGCGCGGGACCUGACGGGCGUCGCGGACUCCUCCGUCGAGCUGCCGUCCGGGAGCACCGCGGGGGAGUGCCUCGGCCGGGUGCUGGCCUCGUUCCCCAAGCUGGAGGAGAUCCGCCACUCCAUGGUGCUCGCACUCAACGAGGAGUACACGCCAGAGUCCGCAGCCGUCGCCGACGGAGACGAGCUCGCCAUAAUCCCGCCCAUCAGCGGCGGCUGAUAGAGACUGAAAAUACACAAAAGGAAAGAAAAGGUCUUCUUUCUUCUGCUUGUUGUCUUUGCUUCCUGAUCAAUGUGCAAGUUGAAUAAAUAACGAAAUUCUGGUGUUCAGCGCCAUUUGCUUUCUUAAAUCUUGUUGAUUAGUAACAUAAUUUCGAUCUCAAAAGGUGCAGAGAACAUAAUCCUCUAGUUGUAUGUGGUAGUAUCUCUUAUAUCAUUCAUCGCUGUUGUAUUAAAGGCGAGUGGCCAUAGUUGAUCGAAAAUAUGGUCACAAAGUCCACAAAAGUAUUGAUCAAUGGCUGGUGGAACUAAAAUUGAAUAUAAUCCUCAAACAAUUGUAAGCAACUCGUCAAAGUUUUUAUGUGUCUCA